AUGCUAGCCGACUUCUACGAGAAGUUGGAGCAACUGGACGUUGCGCACUUGCCGGAACAAGAGCCAAAGCAACAGUUGUACAAGACGGAUGUGCGUUUGUUUUGUCGUGUGACCCUGAUGGACAACUUUAUGUUGUUCGAGUCACAAAUGCUGGUCGCGGAGAAGAAGCAAGAUACGGUCCCGCCAAGACAGUACGGCGACAAGGCUACGCGAUAUGUGCCGACGAAGAAUCGUGACGGCGUUGCAACGACGAGGGCGUCGACGACGAAUUCGGUAGCGGCCUUGAGUGAAAAGGGCUGCCUGAAGUGUGGCAGCGAUGAACACUGGGUAUUAAGGAGCUCCAAGGUGCAGCCAGCGUCGGAGAAGAGGGACGACGCCAAGCGCAAGAUUAUUGGCGCUGCCGUGGAUAUCCAGGACGCGUUGGUUAUUGACUGUCCAUGCACGGUGGCGUGUGAUGUCAAUGGCGUGACGGCGUUGGCGCUCUUGGACAACGGCGCCGUUCAAUCGGUAGUGUCGCCGACGUUCCUGGCGCGUGGCGAAAGUGUCGGUAGCUUUGCGUUGGCGGUGCGCCAACUGGACCGAUCGAUCGAGUUUGGCUGUUUCAUGGAAGCCAUGAAGCUUGCAGUGGACCGCGAAGUCAAUCUGCGAUUGACUUUCGACACUGCCGAAGGGACCUUGGUGUUAGCGAAUCUGAAGUGUUGGGUGGCAGCGAUGCCACUGCAAGACGGCUAG